UCUGCAGAGCGAGCAGAGGCGCAGACAGGCAGCUGCUGAACACAGGCCAGAACAACAUUAAAUAACAUCUCACACACAUACACAGGUGUACACAGGUGCACAGAGGGACCCUGCACACACACACACACACACCCCCACACACCCCCAUCAUGGCGCUGAUCCCCUCGCAGGUGCUCCGGGUCGCCAUCCUCCUCUCCUACUUCUCCAUCCUCUGCCACUACAAAGCGCUGGACAUGCCGGCGCACCAGACCUAUGGAGGCAGCUGGAAGUUCCUCACCUUCAUCGACCUGGUGAUCCAGGCGGUGUUCUUCGCUCUGUGCGUCCUCAUCGAUGUCUCCAGCCUGCUGACUAAAGGAGCCGACAGCAUGGAGCAGGAGAGGCAGCUCAGGAAGCUCAUCGGCCUGAGAGACUGGAUGAUGGCCGUGCUGGCCUUCCCUGUGGGAGCGUUCGUGGUGUUCACCUUCUGGUCUCUGUACCUGUACGACAGAGAGCUGGUUUACCCCCGCCUGCUGGACAACUUCAUCCCUCAGUGGCUCAACCACGGCAUGCACACCACAGUCCUGCCCUUCAUCAUCAUCGAGAUGCGGACGACCCGCCACCGAUACCCCAGCAGGUUGUGGGGUCUGGCCGCUGUUUGCUGCUUUGGCAUCGGAUACAUCCUCUGGACGUGUUGGGUACAGCAGGUGACGGGCGUCUGGGUUUACCCGGUCCUUGAACGCAUCACUCCUCUGGCUCGGAUCCUGUUCUUCAGCGCGAUGACCGUCGUGAUCUGUGUUUUCUACACACUCGGAGAAAUCCUCAACACCUACAUCUGGGACCAGGCACACACAGGUAAAGUGAAAGGUGAGUGAUCUCCUCCAGAGGGCGAGUCGACCCCCCCCCCCACCGGGACAGCACAAGAACAGAAAACAAGCGACCUCUCUGGAAGUGGAAGAAAAAUAAACAUUUACCUUUGGACUGAAACACAACAAACAACACCAUAGAAGUAGAUAAAUAAACAGCUAAAUGUAAAUACAGAAGAAGAAGAAGAAGAAGAAGAAGAAGAAGAAGAAGAAGAAGAAGAAGAAGAAGAAGAAGAAGAAGAAGAAGAAGAAGAAGAAGAAGAAGAAGAAGAAGGGAACGAAGGAAGACGCCGCUUUUGUUUUAUCAUGUUUGUGUUUGUUAGUGGCUAAAACAUCGUGACACACACACACACACACACACACACACACACACACACACACACACACACACACACACACACAUUUACAGUACGUGUUAUCUACUUUUCUGGUAUGAAAAGUUAUUAUCUAAUGAGACACACUAGAUGUACUGAAAGAAGUUAAUGUUGGUACAAAAUCAAUAAAUUUGAGUGGAAACUU